ACAGUAGCGAUGUCAUUUCUGCGCAGGUCAAAGCUUUUUAGCAAAAAAAGAAAACAGCCAAAAGACCAACAUUAGCCUUCAUGCUCUUCGCUUUGCCGCAUGUGUUGCAACCAGCCUCCACCCCUUUUAUUUUUAUGUUUUUCAGCGUCACAUCCCCCUGGCCGGAGGAAUGUAGAGACAGAGUGUUUUAAAAAUAGCAUCCUCCUCUGACAGCGCUGCUCCGCUGGCUCCGCAGCACUGUGGUGCGAGAAGCAGGAAUGCGAAGAUGGCUGCAGACCUCGGAGAGCUGCUGGUCCCAUACAUGCCCACCAUCAGAGUCCCCAAAACAGGAGACAGGGUUUUCAAGAGCGAGUGCGCCUUUUCCUUCGACUCUCCAGAGUCAGAGGGAGGCCUGUAUGUGUGUAUGAACACAUUCCUGGGCUUUGGACGGGAACAUGUGGAGAGACAUUAUCGCAAAACAGGACAGAGCGUUUACAUGCACCUCAAACGACAUGUCAAAGAGAAAGCCACAGGAGCUGCAGGAGGCGCCAUCCCCAGACGAAGAAAUGGAAAAGUGUUUCUAGAUUUAGAGCUAAACCGUGAUUUUAACGGAGAGGACUAUGAAUAUGAAGACGAGGUCAAGCUUGUCAUUUUUCCAGACCACUUCGAGAUCCCCUUACCAAAUAUUGAGGAGUUGCCUGCUCUGGUGACCAUCGCCUGUGACGCAGUGCUCAAUGCACCAUCAGCUUACAAGAAGCAGGAGCUUGAAUCCUGGGAGGAGGAGAUCCAGGUGUCCAGACAUGCCAGGAGCCUCAGACAGCUGGAUAAUGGGGUCAGGAUCCCACCCAGUGGCUGGAAGUGUCAAAAGUGUGAGAUGAGAGAAAACCUGUGGCUGAACCUGACAGAUGGAGCAGUGCUCUGUGGGAAGUGGUUCUUUGAUGGGAGCGGAGGCAACGGCCAUGCUCUGGAACACUACAAAGAGACCAAAUACCCCCUGGCUGUAAAACUGGACACCAUCACCCCUGACGGAGCAGAUGUCUACUCAUUUGAGGAGGAGGAAGCUGUGUUGGACCCCCACAUAUCAGAACACUUGUCACACUUUGGAAUAGACAUGCUACAGAUGCAGAAAAGAACAGAGAAUGGUCACCACACAGACAAUAACUCCCGGCCGCGGGUCAGUGAAUGGGAGGUGAUCCAGGAGUCGGGCAUGAAGCUGAAAGCGGUGUUUGGUUCUGGUUACACAGGCAUCAAAAACCUGGGGAACAGCUGCUACCUCGGCACAGUCCUACAGGUCCUCUUCAGCAUCCCAGACUUUCAGAGGAUGUAUGUUGGUAAUCUUCAGAGAAUAUUUGACUAUUCACCCCUUGACCCCAGCCAGGACUUCGCCACACAAAUGGCUAAACUGGGACAUGGACUGCUCUCAGGCCAGUACUCCAAACCACCCAUGAAAUCUGAGGUCAUUGAACAGGUGAUGAAAGAAGAAUACAAGCACCAGCAGAAGGGCGUCUCUCCCCGGAUGUUGAAGGCCCUGGUCAGCAGGGGACACCCAGAGUUCUCCUCUAACAGACAACAAGAUGCCCACGAGUUCUUUCUGCACAUCCUAAAUGUGGUGGAGAGGAACAGUGCAGGCUCGGAAAAUCCAAGCGAUGUCUUCCGCUUCCUGGUGGAGGAGCGAGUUCAGUGCUGCCAGACACGUCGGGUUCGUUACACUCAGCGGGUGGACUACUGCAUCCAGCUGCCAGCUCCCAUUGAGGCGGCCACUAAUCGAGAGGAGCUGCUGGCAUAUGAGGCUAAGCGGAGGGAUGCUGAGGAGAACAUGCGGGCUCCUCCUGAGCCAGUUAGAGCACGGAUCCCCUUCACCGCCUGCCUGCAGGCCUUCACCGAGCCGGAGAACGUCCCUGACUUCUGGAGCUCAGCGCUGCAGGCAAAGUCAGCCGGAAUCAAAACUUCCCGUUUUGCCUCCUUCCCAGAGUAUCUGGUUUUGCAGAUAAAAAAAUUCACAUUUGGGGUUGACUGGGUGCCAAAGAAACUAGACUUGGCCAUAGAUGUUCCAGACUUUCUGGAUCUCAGCCGGCUGCGGGCCACUGGGCUGCAGGCGAGUGAAGAGGAGCUGCCUGACCUUAUGCCUCCCAUCGUGCUACCUGAAGACACCAGAGAUAACUCCAUGGGCUCCAUGGACUCUCCAGAAAUAGACGAGGCGGCAGUAAUGCAGCUGGCGGAGAUGGGCUUUCCGCUGGAGGCCUGUAGGAAGGCCGUCUACUACACAGGCAACAUGGGCCCAGAGAUGGCCUUCAACUGGAUCAUAGCACACAUGGAGGAGCCUGACUUUGCAGAACCUCUCACUCUGCCCUCCAUGAUGGAUCCGGGUCCCUCCACCAGCGACAGCCCCAUGGGCGCAACCCUGCUGGGCAACUCGCCCCCCGAGGAGAGCAUCGCCAUCCUCACUUCAAUGGGCUUCCCCCGCGCUCACAGCAUCCAGGCACUUAAAGCCACGAACAACAACCUCGAACGAGCACUCGACUGGAUCUUCACCCACCCAGAGGAGGAGGAGAGUGACGCCCUUUCAGACAUGGCCGACACGGAGCCCAACGGCAACGCUUUCUCCAACGCCAACUCACACAGCGACUCCACACUGUCCCCAGACAGAGACGCGUCGGGCCCGCGGGUCAAAGACGGACCGGGACGUUAUGAGCUCUUUGCUUUCAUCAGUCACAUGGGAGCAUCCACCAUGUCAGGACAUUAUGUCUGUCACAUCAAAAAGGAGGGAAGGUGGGUGAUCUACAACGACCACAAAGUGUGUUUGUCAGAAAGGCCUCCAAAAGACUUGGGCUACAUCUACUUUUACCAUCGACUGUCUAGCAGUUAAACUGAAGUACCCCUCUCCCCCUCCCCCCUUCCACAAUGCAACCUUUUUAAAGAACCGCAGUCUUUCACCCUGAAGACUGGCAGACAACUUUAAUAACAGCCACAGUGAAAACGAUGGAAAUAACCUCUCAGACCAGCUGCUCGCCUUAAUAUGAUGUCAUUCAGGAGCAACCAGGAAACGUGGUCAGAAAAGGAAAGCAAUGUGCAUUUGUGUGCAUUUGUGUUAUGUUAUGCUUUAAAUGUAUAUUUUGGGGUUUAUGUCUAAGAAAAGACAUUUUCUUGACCGUGUAGGUGCAGAGGGAUGUGUGCAAUUUCCACUAAACAAAAUUUCAAUAUCAAAUCUUAUUGUUCCUCCUUUAUGCCUUCAGCUACUGUGCCAGUAUUUUCAAAGUGGUACAUUUUAUAAAUGUAUAUUGAAAUGGCUUCACUGCCGGCCCUGAAAUGCUCUGAAACUGCAACAACAAACAAGAAAUCCCUGCUGCUCGUGGCUUUGUAUUUUACUUUGAAAUACAAAAGAAUGUUUUUUCAUCCCCGGGAAAUUGAAAGGACAUUAAGAAUUAAAAUGUUUUGGGUGGUCACCAAGAUAAUUAACAACAUAUACUGUAUGUUCAGACUAUAGGGGAGCACCAAGAAGGCCAUGAACAGGCGUUAACUAGACUGUAGUUAAAAAUACAGUAUUACAGGUUGAAUAAUGGCUCAAACCUGCUCCAGUUCUACCCGGAGACGACAUGCAAGUUUGUCCCUUUUUAAUGAGAAACUUUCUGACGUAAACCAGCUGAGUUACAGUAUCAAGAUAGACGUAUUUUCCUUCCCUGAAAGCACCUUUUGAUUAAAUCAAGUUUAAAUUUUGCAGCUGAUGCAGUUGAAGUGGACUUUUUAUUUACCAGCUAUAAGCAGUUGAAUGUGUCAACUUCAGUACUGCUGACCAUGUAAGUCCUUGAAGUAACCAUUAGUCUAUGAAGGAGAUGACAGCAUUGCAUAUAAUUGACGUCUAAUAUAAGCAACUCUGUGCUCAUUCUAAUAUUUAUCAAAUCAUAAGUGCACUGAACUUCUUCGUUCUCCUUUUGUCCAUAUUACAACAUAUUUUCGUAGUUGGCAAAACUUCAACUCUCAGCUGCAGCCGGUGCAGUUUAGCUCCUUUCUCUCUCUGAUAGAUUUAGACUGUGACCCAAAACCUUAAAAUGAAUGUUUUCCUUCACCUGUUGCCACUUUUUAACAGGUCAGUUAAUUCAUUUAUGCAUCUGAACUGUUUUCACGAGUAAAGCAAUAUAUGCAACUACAACCAAAUCUACUCAUGAACCUACUGUAUGAUGAAAAGCUGUACAGUGACCUGCAUCUCUUGUACUAACAGACGUGGUGCAGUGCUGAAUGUAUAACUCCAUGGUGCUAACUGCAACCAAAACCUCCUGUUCAGUUUGAAUACUCCGAAACCACAGUGAACGUAGAACUGGCCCUUAGCUGUUUAGUCACUAUAAAUAACCUCAUGCUGGAUUAUCCACCAACUCUGUACUCUUCUCGUUUAUCUACUCAGUAUGUUUGAAAUGUGCCAGACAGAUUCAGCAUGGAUAUUAUUGUGCGUUGUUUGUCAAAUAUUCGUGAAUUUGCAACCUCUGACUGAAUCUGGUUUUAUCUGUUGCAUCCCAAAAAAGGGCAGUGUAAUAUCACAGUGUUGGUAUUUUGUCAGUGGCACAAACACUUAAUUCCAGUUUGGUGAUCCUGGCAUGUGGUGAAACGGUCUUUCACUCAGUGGUGCACUUUUGUGUGCAUAACGGGAGUUCCGCUGAAAAUAGACUUUCCGAAUGUUACGGUAUUCUGCAAAAGUCUACACCUUCUUUAUAUUUGCAUUUUUUUUGCCGAUUUUUGUAGUCAUUCCCUUUCAUAUUCAAGGAGAGGACAAUCCUUUGACAAUAAACUGACAUUUCUUAAGAGGGUUCAAAGAAACAAAAGGAGACAUAUUUGACUGCAUAUCUGAUUAACAUCAAUAACUGUAAUAAGAUUGUCCCUAAAAAUGUCUUUCAACAAUCUCAUGUAAUGCUUUUUAAGACAGUCAUAUGGGUGUUUUUCCUUUAGGGUUAAUAUCUUUACAGACAAAAUUUUUAUUACAGAUUAAAUCCAUAUUUCAGCGGUGCUCCCCUUUAACAACACUGUGCAUGGACUUCCCUGAGCAGAACUUCAGUUUUAUUAUAUCUUGACCUCUCAUCUUCAUUAGACACUACUUGCUCAACUGCAGCUUCAUUGUCUAUGCAGCUGGGAAUUCUAAAAGGUCUCUCUAUGCAAGUCUUGUGUUUCUGCUGUUCUUCCUAUAAAAGGUGAUUUCUUUUUGUGUGUGUGUGUGUGUGUGUGUGUGUGUGUGUGUCAGAAACCACAUGUAUCCUAUCGAACCCUCAUCUGUAAUCGGUGUUUCCGCUCUUGAACAUCAGUGGAUGGGGGAUAAACUUGUUGUCUUGCUGUUAUUGUUAGUUGUUCAGAUAUUCUGUGCAAUUCAUUUUAUUUCUCUGCGCCUUUUGGGGUUUUGCGCCCCCCCUCCAUCUUCUUGUUUACGUUAUCGUCUUUGUAUUUUGUCUUUUUGUUUCAGCUCUUCCUCCAGCUCGGUCUCUUCCAUUCUUUUUCUCUACGUUGUUAAAACGUUAAAACGGUUCAAUUUGUCACAAAAAUGCUUUUUCACUGUCAGCAUGUGCACUAGACGUUGACAUUUAGUCAUUUGGAUUGUACAAUUGUACUUUUGUGAGUUGUAUUCUCUUUUUCAUUUCACUAAAUGUCAACAAAGGUUCUUCACUUCUUUUUACUCUGUUGCCUUUUUUGAAAACAAGCUUGUGCCAAUUCUGUAGUUUUCAUUACAUAGAUUUCCUGAAGGGAUUAUUUUAAGUUGACUUUUGUAAUGUAUGCAUUUAUCCAAAUGUGGCUUAGGUGUAUGUGAAUAGAGUCAUGACAGUAUAUGCAGUGGCACUGUUUACUUACAAUGUUUGGGUAAUUUAAUAAACUACACCUUUGUUGAGA